GAAGGGGCAAAUAGCACGUGACGUCAUUUCCUGUUGUCCAGCGAAGAAGAGCAAACGACACAUGAUGAAACAACAUGCUACUCUAACUUGUAGCCCUGUAAUUCUUACGUUCUUUAAAUAGGAAAGGCUUAAUUUUAAGUAUUUUUCAACUGUAUCUCAUCCCUGCAUUCUCAUUCCAGACAUCGGUUCUUUGGAAACGUUGUUAAGAUGCCUGUCCUCUGCAGUAGCUGUGAUGACAAGCGUGCUGUCUUGAAACGUCCAAAAACUGGCCACUCGCUGUGCAAGGCGUGUUUCUUCAGGGCCUUCGAGGAGGAGGUGCAUCAGACGAUCUUGGCAGCAAACCUGUUCAAACAUGGUGAAAUUGUGGGGAUUGCUGCCUCGGGUGGAAAGGACUCCACAGUACUCGCACAUGUCAUGAAACUCCUCAAUGAGAGAUACAACUACGGCCUUGAACUUAUGCUUCUCUCUGUGGAUGAGGGAAUCUCAGGUUACAGAGAUGACUCCUUGGAGACAGUGAAGAGGAAUCAGCAACAGUAUGAGCUGCCGCUGAAGAUUGUGUCGUAUGAGGAGCUGUAUGGCUGGACUAUGGACGCUAUAGUGAAGCAGGUGGGACUGAAGAAUAACUGCACCUUCUGCGGAGUGUUCAGAAGGCAGGCGCUAGACAGAGGAGCCCUCAUGCUGAGAGUGGACAAGAUAUGUACAGGUCACAAUGCUGAUGACGUGGCAGAGACCGUUUUGAUGAACAUCUUGCGAGGGGACAUAGCUCGUCUGCGCCGCUGCACGGCCAUCUCCACAUCCAGUGAGGGUGAAGGGGUGGUCCCGCGCUGCAAACCGCUCAAAUAUGCAUAUGAGAAAGAAAUAGUUUUGUACGCUUACUUUAAGAAGUUGGACUACUUUUCCACUGAAUGUAUCUACUCCCCCAAUGCUUAUCGUGGCCAUGCGAGGACCUUUCUAAAGGACCUGGAGAGCGUGAGGCCUAGCUCUAUAAUGGACAUCAUCCACUCGGGGGAGAACCUUUCAGUGCGCGAGGGGGUGAAGAUGCCGGUGCAGGGAACCUGCAACCGCUGCGGCUACAUAUCCAGCCAGACUCUGUGCAAAUCCUGUGUGCUGCUGGAGGGCCUGAACCGAGGUCUGCCGAAGCUGGGCAUCGGCAAACACCACCGCCUGCACGACAAAAUCCUCACCCAGCAGCCCCUUACUGAGAAGGAGGAGAGAAAGCUGAAAUCAGUCAACUUUUAACAACAGAUAUCCUCUGUUUUAGUAACCAAAGACUAUAGAUAUUUUUAAGUUUUAGAAUAAACCACGUUUUUUGACUUUAGCAUAAGAAAAAGACUUCCCAAAAAAUGUGGCAGUUUUCUUUCAUCUUAUCAUCAAUUUAAUAUUUAUUCAAAUGAGCAUGGGAUAUUUUUAUGUAAGGAAAGCUCUUCACAGCAUGCAAAGCCUAUUCACAAUUUAUAACCAGGGAUCAUUGAGAUGCUGUUUACAUACUUUCCAAAGGUUAUAAAGAUGUUUGUUUUAAUCUUUAGGUAAUGUUCAAAAUUAUAUUAAUGGUACAUGUAUCCAGUUGUCUCAUUACUUUCUGUAUUACACAUGUAACAGGAUAAUUUCUCUGUAAAGCUUGGUACCAAGUUUUAUGUUGAGCUCUUCAGGUCAUUUCCUUCAUUGAGUUAUCAAACUAGCAUCACCUGGAUUUAGGGGCUGAGAAAAGGACGAGCAGCUUUGUUGUUUUUUAGGUGAGCUGGUUGUGAAUGCUCCACAGCAAUGCAAUCUCUCACUAAUGGCAUGUUGAAUUUCUUGAUUUUUUUGCUACUUCUCCAUCUCUGGGAAGGAUAUGAUCACAGUUGUGGUCCCAUUCCAAGGUGUUUUAUGAACUAUAUUUAAUAAAAGCAUUGUCCCAUA